AUGGACCAAAAUAUGCCUAUCGAAAAGGAAAAAGCUGAAUGGAAUGCUUCUGUGACUGAAGUUACUUCACAAAUCAAACCUCAAGCACGAAAACCACAUGAUCCAAACGUGACAUUGGAAGAGUAUGUCCAUUAUGCGAAACAAACACGAGAGUUGGAAAAAUCUUAUGAACCACCGAAAUUGGUUUGGAGGGAGCUCUUGAAAGGCAAAAAAGUGGUUGUGAAUGACGAUGGUGCUGGAAAGCAAGUCUCAAAUCUUGAUUUCUCAACCCAAGAAGCCCGCAUGAACAUUACUGAUGAAGAAUGGAUCAAUGCCAGUCGUGCAUUAAGGACUGCUUCUGUCGGAGCAUGCUUUUAUCUUAUCACAACCGAUAUUCUAGGUCCUUUCGGUGUAGCGUUUGCUUUGGGAACUCUAGGUUGGGGUCCGGGGAUCGCUUUGUUUACCGUCUUCGGGGUUCUGGCAGGAUAUAGUGGCUAUCUGCUUUGGAAAGUCUUCUUAGGUGUCGAUUCAUAUCAGUUUCCUUGUAUGAAUUAUGGCGAUGUCGCUUUUCGAACUUGGGGAAGGAUUACACGUCAUAUUACCAACUUCUUGCAAGGCAUUGCCCUACUACUUCUUCUCGGACAGGUAACAAUUCAAUAUGGUGAGAAUAUCUCUGCCAUGUCAAAGUUCAAUCUUUGUUACAUUAUUUGCCCGCUGUUGUUUGUUAUCGCUGGCUUCUUUUUAACUCAAAUUCGUACUUUAAAACAAUUGGGUAUCGUGGCAAACUUAUCAAUUUGGCUCAACAUUCUCGUCAUUCUACUGACCAUGGGAUAUGUAGCACAUUCUCCGCCGAAUUUCGCAAUUUCAGUCUUGGGUUCAGCAGGAAGCGCAGUCGAUCCGACUACAAUUACACCCGAUAAAGCUGGGAAUUAUCCUCCUGUUAUGCACUACAGCAAACUCCCUGUUGACGGUCUAGUCGGUUCUAUUAACGGUCUUUUGUCAGGAGUAUUGGCUUAUGCGGGAGCUCAAUUAUUUAUCGAAUUUAUGGCGGAAAUGAAGAGGCCAAAUGAUUUCAUCAAAGCAAUGUGGGGAGGUCAAUUAUUCAUCUAUACCGUGUAUAUGGUGUAUGGCUGCUUCGUCUAUUAUUAUCAAGGUCAAUACUCUUUCAAUCCUUCAUAUCUUGGCGUCAGUAAGUUUAGUUGGCAAACUUCGGCCAAUGCUAUCUCGCUAGUCUCUGCUUUGAUCGCUGCAGCUCUUUAUGGAAACAUUGGUAUCAAAGUAGUAUACAAUAACAUCUUUGUGGAUAUCUUUCACUCUCCUCCACUCGUUACCAGAAAUGGCAAGAUUAUCUAUGCAGCAUUGGUACCUAUUUGGUGGAGUAUUGCUUUUGUUAUCGCUGCUGCCAUUCCGGAUUAUUUCGGCUUCGUAAGCGUAAUGUCUGCUUCUUGUUUACUCAAUUUGACGUACACAUUACCUCCAUUUUUCGCUCUCGGCUAUGAUAUUCAACGGCAUGCAAUUCGUCAAGAAGAAGGUGAAGGAUUUGAUCCAAUCACAGGUCAAGCCAUCAGAAAUGACUCCGGUUUCAAGAGAUACGUUCGUGGCUUUAUGUCAGGUGGUCCUUUACAAGUCGCUCAAAACGUUUGGAACUUACUUUAUUUCCUUGCUAGUUUGUCAAUGUGUGGAUUAGGAAUGUACGCUGCUGUUGACGGUAUGAUUGAAGCUUUCAAAAUUCCUCAACUUACGUCUUUCUCUUGCAGAUCGCCUCUCGAUCUGAAUGCUUGAUACUACUGUAUACUUCUUUCAUUCUUUAUUUCUUUUGUCACAUUUUAGGCUUCACUUUUUCCCCUCAAUCAUACUUGUUUUCUUAUAAUUGCCUUUGAGGCCUAGCGCAGUUGAUCAGCACCAGACGUGAAACUCCGAAACUCCGAAACUCCGGAUGGACAUAUGUGUAGACAUAGCAGCGCAAAAGUUUAAUUUUAGGGUGCGACACUGAAAUACAUAGCUUUGUUUUAUAGAGAAACUUCUGGCUUAUCCUAUAUAAAACGUUGUUCGAUAAGUGUAUCAUGACCAAUUGCAAUCAACUUCCUUCAUCUUUUUCAACAGCAAAUUCCUCUUCUCUACGAUGACAAAAAAGGUCUUACAAUUUGUAUGUAUACCAGUUCAAUCACCUGUGGGAGUGAUAUGCUAACGUUUCUUACCCUUAGCUCGCCGA